AUGCUUUCCAACGUCUUUCUCACCACUGCGCUCGCAGCCGGCCUGGCUCAGGCCCUGCCCCAGGCCACGCCUACUCCAACCGCUGCGCCCUCUGGCAACCCUUUCGCUGGCAAGAACUUCUAUGCCAACCCAUACUACUCGUCUGAAGUUCACACCCUGGCCAUGCCCUCGCUUCCAGCCUCGCUGAAGCCUGCUGCUACCGCCGUGGCCAAGGUCGGAUCAUUCGUGUGGAUGGACACCAUGGCCAAGGUUCCUCUCAUGGACACCUACCUCGCCGACAUCAAGGCCAAGAACGCUGCUGGCGCAAACCUCAUGGGUACUUUCGUCGUCUACGACCUUCCCGACCGUGACUGCGCCGCUCUGGCCUCCAACGGUGAACUCAAGAUUGACGACGGUGGCGUCGAGAAGUACAAGACCCAGUACAUUGACAAGAUUGCCGCCAUCAUCAAGAAGUACCCCGACGUCAAGAUCAACCUUGCCAUUGAGCCCGAUUCGCUUGCCAACAUGGUCACCAACAUGGGUGUACAGAAGUGCUCACGUGCCGCCCCAUACUACAAGGAGCUCACUGCCUACGCCCUCAAGACACUCAACUUCAACAACGUCGACAUGUACAUGGACGGUGGCCACGCUGGUUGGCUCGGCUGGGACGCCAACAUUGGCCCCACCGCGAAGCUCUUCGCAGAGGUCUACAAGGCUGCUGGUUCUCCUCGUGGUGUCCGUGGUAUCGUCACCAACGUCAGCAACUACAACGCUCUCCGCAUCUCCUCGUGCCCAUCUAUCACCCAAGGAAACAAGAACUGUGACGAGGAGCGCUACAUCAACGCUCUGGCUCCUCUCCUCAAGAACGAGGGUUUCCCUGCUCACUUCAUCGUCGACCAGGGCCGCUCCGGAAAGGUGCCCACUAACCAGCAGGAGUGGGGUGACUGGUGCAACGUCUCAGGUGCUGGCUUCGGUACCCGUCCCACCACCAACACUGGCAAUGCCCUCAUUGAUGCUAUCGUCUGGGUCAAGCCCGGUGGCGAGUCUGACGGUACCUCUGACACCAGCGCUGCCCGUUACGAUGCCCACUGCGGCAGGAACAGCGCUUUCAAGCCCGCUCCCGAGGCCGGAACCUGGUUCCAGGCUUACUUCGAGAUGCUUCUCAAGAACGCUAACCCUGCUCUUGCUUAA